GUUCCAGUCAAUUCGACACAAUGAGCCGCUAUGGCCGCCCCACCCCCGACCCAGGCGCAUGCGCGGCGGCGCCGCUGCGCACCGGCAAGAUGGCGGCGUCCGCGCUGGGUUGGGCGCUGCGGGCCGCUCGGCAGGUUCUCCCCUCAGCGUGCAUGGCGCAAUCGCGGAGCUACUAUGUGGACUGGCGGAUGCUGCGGGAUGUGAAGAGGAGGAAGCUGGCAUAUGAGUACGCGGACGAGCGGCUGCGCAUCAACGCCAUCCGCAAGAACACCCUGCUGCCCAAGGAGCUGCAGGAAGUGGCUGAUAAAGAGAUUGCUGCCUUGCCCCGGGACAGCUGCCCUGUGAGGAUCCGAAAUCGCUGUGUCCUGACGUCACGCCCUCGGGGGGUGAAGCGGCGAUGGAGGCUCAGCAGAAUUGUGUUCCGGCAUUUUGCUGACCACGGUCAGAUGUCCGGGAUACAGAGGGCUAUGUGGUAGAUCACUGCACAGAUGUACACUCAGGCAGAAAACACAAAACAGGCUCAGUUUGUGUGUUUGAGUGAUUAAAGACUGUCUUAAGAGUCCAGCAAACUAAUAAGGGAAGGACAAGAAGCCACGCUGAUUAAAUUCACUUAACUGGACCGCGAUUGCUAUCACCUGACAGGAAGCAGCAAAACUGCACUAAGCUGCUCUGUAUGAGAAGCAGUUUUAGUUUGAAGGAAAAAAAAAACCCACUACCCAAUUGUUCCAGAAUUAAGCUGAGGUUUGUGAUGUGGGCAACAUUGGAAAUAAAGACAUACAGCAGAA